AUGUCUGUCCUGCUUGGAGGAACGCUCGUCGCGUUUGUUUUACUGACCGUCCUCCUGAUGAUCAGACAAUUCUUCUCGACCGGACGGCUGAAGAGCGUUAAGAACAGGCACAUUGUGGUAACCGGUGGCUCCAGCGGUAUCGGCAAGUGCGUGGCGAUCAUUGCUGCUAGACAUGGAGCGAACGUGACGAUAAUCGCCAGAGACGUUGACAAGUUGGAAGCCGCUAAGAACGAGAUCCUGCACGCCUGCAAGAACAAGGAUACGCAGAGAGUGGAGUACCUGUCCCUGGACGUCGGAGCGAGCUACGAGAAUGUUGAGAAAGCGCUGGCUGAUCUCGAGGGGACCAUGGGCCCGGUAUACAUGCUGGUGAAUUGCGCCGGUACCGCGAUCUGUGGCAAGAUAGAGGACACCACCAUAGACAAUCUGCAUUAUAUGAUGCGCAUAAACUUCUAUGGUACAUAUUACUGUAUCAAAGCUGUGACGCAGAGGAUGAAAGCUUCCAGGGAAGGAGUGAUUGUACUUACGGCGUCUCAAGCUGGUUUACUAGGUGUCUUUGGUUAUUCCGCCUACUCGAGCACAAAGUUCGCACUUCGCGGCUUGGCAGAGAGCGUAGCGAUGGAGCUGCAGCCGUACAACAUCUCGGUGACUCUGUGUCUGCCGCCGGACACGGACACGCCUGGUUUCGCUAUAGAGGAGCAGUCGAAGCCACUGGAGACGAAGCUGAUAUCGCAGACGGCGGCGUUAGUCAUGCCCGAGGAAGUCGCCGAACAGCUGUUUAAGGAUGCGCUGACGGGUAAGUUCUUCUCCACUGUCGGUGUAGCGGGUUUCAUUCAAAGUACGCUGUGCUCGGGAAUGUCUCCCAUCACGUCGUUCAGUGAGCUGGUCUUGCAAAUGUUGCUGAUGGGUCUGCUGCGACUGGUCAGCGCGUUCUAUCUCAUCUCCUUCCAGAGAAUCGUCCUCAACUGCAUGAAGAUGCGUGAUAAAAAUAAGAAGUCUGAAUGAAUCCUCGUAUCUUGUAUGUGAUUCCUGUGCAAGAACACAUACAUGCGCCGUCAUUCCAAACCAAAGUUAUUUAAUGAUACUUUUUUUGUAAUAUUGUUUGGGCACAAUUUUUAUUUCUAAGUUAUCUACAAACUAUGAUUGGAUCCUAUCUAAUUUACUAUAUAUAUAUAUAUAUAUAUAUAUAUAGUAAAUUAAUAUAUAUAUAUAUAUAUAUUAUUAUCAGAAAAGCAAACUACACAGGAAUUCGCGUGACCUAAAAAAGUUGUCUGCUAACGUGAAAGUAUAGUUUUCAAGAUAUUCUUAUACAUAUUCUUACAUAUACAAAUAGGAUUUUAAUAUAAAUUAACUAUAAUCUUAAAAAACAAAGUAAUAAAGUAUUGAGGGUAACGAG